GGAAAAUAGCUCACUUUCCCUGGAGGUCCUGUGAAAGAUUAGUUUUCUGGCUCUGGCAUGGAGUAAGCUCCCACCUCCUCAGCUCCAUCUUGGCACUGACAUGUGUCUCUGGUGACCAUUAUCUCCUGCUACUCCAUGAUCUGGGUGAGAAACCUUCCACACACCCCUUCUCCCCCAUCCAAAACAUAUGCAGUCCUUCCACUGACCUGGCUUCUGAUUGGAGGCCAGACGCUUCAGAUAAUGAUCCCCAGGACCACUCUGUCGGUUACAGCCUGUUUGUAUUAUUCUUACUGCAAUUCAAGACGCCCACAGUGGGGUGGGAAGAAAAGCAAGAACCCUGCAUUUCCACAUCCCCAGAUAUCAGAAACAGAAAACUGAUAGUCUUCAAGCUCCCUGAAUGGAUCCAGGGCUGGCUGCCGUCCAUAUGUCUCUUCAGAACAGAUUGCUAACCACCAUGAGGGAUCAUCUUCAAUACCUUGCCUGCUUCUUGGCCUUUUUCUCCACUGGGUUUUUGAUUGCGGCCACCUGGACAGACUGUUGGAUGGUGAAUGCUGAUGAUUCCUUGGAGGUGAGCACAAAAUGCCGAGGCCUCUGGUGGGAGUGUGUCACAAAUGCUUUUGAUGGGAUUCGCACCUGUGAUGAGUAUGAUUCCAUAUAUGCAGAACACCCCUUGAAGCUGGUGGCAACCCGAGCAUUGAUGAUUACUGCAGAUAUUCUAGCUGGAUUUGGAUUCAUCAGCCUGAUCCUUGGUCUUGACUGCAUAAAAUUCCUUCCUAAUGAGCCAUACAUUAAAGCGCGCAUCUGCUUUGUUGCUGGAACCACAAUGCUAAUAGCAGGUGUCCCAGGAAUCAUUGGCUCUCUGUGGUAUGCUGUUGAUGUUUACGUAGAACGUUCUUCUCUGAUUUUACAUAAUGUAUUUCUUGGCAUCCAAUAUAAAUUUGGUUGGUCCUGUUGGCUUGCAAUGGCUGGGUCUCUGGGUUGCUUUUUAGCUGGAGGUUCUCUCACCUGCUGCUUAUACCUCUUUAAAGAUGUUGGACCUGAGAGAAACUAUCCUUAUUCCAUGAGGAAGCUCUAUUCAACUACUGGUGUUUCCAUGGCCAAGUCAUAUGUGGCCCCUCGGACAGAGACUGCCAAAAUGUAUGCUAUAGACACUAGAGUAUGAAAUACCUCAUCAAUCUGUGUCUAUGUUAUUAAAUUAAACAAUCAGAACAUUCAAUAAAGUAGUAGCUCAAUCUAGGCCUAGUUAUUUAGAUUUUACAUUCAACUAAAUUAGUUGCUAGCUUAAUCAAAAUGUUGCUUCCACUAUUAUUUCCCCUUAUAUUUUUAUUUUUACUCAUUAUUUCUACUCCCCACACACUUUGCCCAUAUUUUAAAAUAGGUUGCCUGUGUGUAGAAGUAUUUUUUAGUGAUUAUAUAUAUAUAUUUUUUUCUAUUACAGAUUAUGUCAUGAAAGUGACACUUUAACAUUAAUCAGCAAUUUUCAAAGAAGUCCAGAUUUUCAAGUUUUUAAGGGAUUGGCAAAUUCUUACAUUUCUCAUGGUUUUGGAUUCAAUUUUUGUAUUUUCAAUAAGCAAAUGAAUUACUUGACAACUUUGAGGGAGGUUUUUCUUCCAAAUUUACAGGAAUAUAUCCAAGGCUACUAUUGCCUUGAUUAUGUUAGAACAGAAAAUAUAAUAGCCUCCUGCCUAGUCAUCAGUGAGAGCCAAACAUAGUCCUUUCUCCACACUCUGAAUGUCAAAGGAAAAUGCUCAAUUAAUACUUGAGUCUCUGAUGAUUUUCUACCUCAUUAAGACCUUAAGAGUUCUGCAUAUUAUUUCACCACCACCCAAACCUGGCCCACAUACUGUAAAAUUAUUAAACUAGAGCCAUAAUAACUCAAUCAAUGAGUUCACUCAUUUAUUGAUUCAAAUAUACUUCAUGAAUUCACCAUAAUAGGAUUUAGCAAUUCAGCUAACUAUUUCCCACUAGAUCAUCAGUACCCAGAAAAAUAAUUACAAAAUUUAACUAAUGUAUGCUGAUGAAAAGAAAUAAAAUUUCACAAUUCUAUUGAGUAAAUUGAUUUUUCUCAUAAGAUGUAUUCUUUUUAAAAAUGGAAUUAUAUACACAUUUAAGAAAUUCAGUGAUGAUUGCCAACAGGAUUUUAUUCAUGUUCAUAAUGUAAUCAUCUUAAAUUUUUUAAAUAAUAGCUUUGUACCAGAUAAUAAAAUUUAAUUUCCAGUUGUCUGAUCUUUAUAAUUCAUGUAACUAACAAUACAUUUGCAAAACUUUAAAGUACUAUCAACUGGACAAGAAAUUAGUUGUUUGAAAAAAAUGGAAAGUAAGUUGUGAUUUUGAAAACCCCAAAAGAUGUGUUUCAAGUUAAAUUAUUUUUAAUUUAGAAUGUUGAAAGUCAUAGGAAAAUGAGUUGGAAUUCCAGUGCAUAUUAAUGUUGUUGAGAAUGUUGUUCAUGACUUCAUAUAGCAUCUUUUUGGCAAAAUUUCAAUUUAACCUUAGAGUUAAGAGCAAUUGAAUCAUCAUUAUUUCGUGAAUAUUAACUGUGAUUGACACAUUAACAUUUAAAAGUAUUUGUAGAUUUUCUGUACUAAUUAUAUACAGAUUAUUCUAUGUAUGUAAAAACUUGUACUUUUUUCCAUCUUGGUUUUUUAUUUUUAUUUUUUCCCAUCUUUAUUUCAUGUUACAUUGUUUACCAUAUCUUAGUAAUUCUACGUAUCUUGAAAUCUUGGAGGAAGGUAGGGAAAAUUAAUUAUAGUUCACUAGAUUUUAAAGAUGUAAAAGUUUCCCCAUAAAGAUCUUAUUUGUAUGAGAGAAUACUUCAGAGACUUAGGAUAAUUAAUAAGUAUAACUAUUUUGAUUUUUUCUUAAUUAAAACUUUUUUAUAUAUUCUGAAAAGAAUACUGAUAUUCGUUGUGAAAUUUCUUUGAAAUAUGUAUUCCUUAGCCAUUAUAAUUAAGUGAAGAGUCUCAAAAAUGCACAUAAAUAAUACACUUGGUAUAGCAAUUAUUGUACAACAAAAGAAGUAUUAAAUGGUUAGGAAAUAAUAAUUGGUGUGGUGGCUCCACAUGCCAAGUAAGAAAACAAAAUAUAAGGUAAAAUAUAUAUGUGUAGGU